CGAGCAGUGAAAGCAUCCAUCGCCGCGGGGAAACGUGCUGGAGCCGGGGAGGAAAGGGAGCGCAUCCGUGUGCGGGUAGCCAGUGUGAAGAUGAGCUGUGAAGAGAUCGCCGUGUGUGCAGUACGGCUCAGAGAAAACCUCUGCCUCUAUUUUGAAGAUGAUGAGCUGGAAUGUGAUGCGUUUUGUAAGGAAAAAACUAUCAAACGAUUCUUUCGAAAUGUCAAUAGCCAAUUGCUUGUGGUUCGUCCAGAUUUAAACAUGGCAGCUUUUGAAGAUGUAACAGAUCAGGAGGUGAAAUCUGGCACUGGAAUGUACUUCAACAUUCACUGUUACAAGACCACUGCGCCUUCAGCAGGGAUGCCUGUUGCAUUCAGCGUCCAGGUAGAAGAUAAGAGUUACUACAUGUGCUGUGAGAAAGAGCAGGGGAAAAUGGUUGUUCGAUUUAGGGAAGGAGAAGUUCCCACAGACAUCCCUGGUGAAAGUAACAUCAUAUUUUUCAAAAAGACAUUUACAUCUUGCAGCUCCAAAGCUUUUAAGUUUGAGUACUCACUUGAACAAGGAAUGUUCUUGGCCUUUGAGGAAGAAGACUCCUUAAGAAAAUUAAUUUUAAAGAAACUGCCGAGAGAAGAUGAAGUCGAUGAAACCACAAAGUUUGUAACGAGUCGUAAUGAAAGGCACAACCUAUGAUAUAUUUCUACACUCUUAAAAUGUAAUUUGGCUUUUUAUGAAAGAAGUCUAAUUCAUUCAAAAUCCAAAGGAAGACAAUUGUAUAUUUAGUAUAUUUACAUAUAGCCAGCUACAGUAAGAUAGUCCAAAAAUGAACAUCUUCAAAUGCAAAACAAAUGCAAGUUGUUGGGGAAAAGCAACAGAAGAAUGUUUUCUAGCAAAUGACAGCAAAGAGAAUUACGAAGUGUAUAAACAAGAACAUGCAUGUGUUCAUAAUCCUGUACAGUUUGAUCUCAAACAUCUUUAGAGCUUGUUGAACAAACAGUUUUGAGGUAAAUGUCUCAUACAUGGAAAAGAUCUGUUGUGGGGAUGGAGAGAAAACAGCUGAAAAAAAGAAAACUGCACAUUUCCUAUGCCAGAUCGUGAAUCUCGCCAAUAAACGUCAUUACCUUUUUUAUUAUUUUUUUACAUUAUUUCCUGUGUCUUCACCUAUUUCAGUUACAUUGGCAUUCAUACAGUGGCAUUCAUGAAGUGCUACUUCAACAGAAGUAGCAACAACUUUUACCGUAAACUUAGCAGCAUCUUUUAUUAGAGAACUGGUAACCUACCUGAACAAUUGGAAUUUUAAUAAUGCUGUUUGUCUUCAGAGAAAAUGAAGAAAAUGUAAGGGGUUUUGGAACUUGACAGUAAGCUGCAGAUGACUACGAAAUGAAGCAAACAUUUGUACAUGCAACGGGCUGUUGAUCACAAAGACGGAAAUGGCUGUGGCAAGGAAGCUAUCUUUGUGUAUGACAACAUAGGACAUGCUGGGGUUGAGCUGUGCACUCUUUCACAUUCGGAGCUGAGCAAACACUGGAAUUCAGCAAAAAUAAGGUGUGUGUAACACACUGCAAAUAUUUACUCUCCAGAAAUUGUAUGACUCUCAUUUUCUGUGUAUAGGAGUAAAGGAGGCAUUGUUCCUCCUUUCCUCAGCCAACUGCAGACAGUGAUUACCUGGAUGUGGUUUGAAGCUGAGGUCCUGGAUUCUCACUUUGCCAGGCUGAAGAGGCAAUUAGAGAGAGGGUACAACUGUCAUAUCCCAUACAGGCAGAAGUAAUCAAAGAAAACAGGAAAGCUUCUGUCAUGAAAUCAAAAAUUCCUCAAAUUUACAGAAGAAGACAAAUCUCAGCAUUUGUUUUGGUAUUUAAAAAAAUACUAAAUAUUAAAAAAAAAAUUAAAAAAAAAGCAGAGGCUGGAGAUGUAGAAGUGCUGUGACAACUGUCAGUUUUCAUACUAUGCUGCUUCACCCACCCAGCUGCUGCAGGAAUUCCUGAGGCAAGAAAAGCAGUUCUCUGGACUCACAUACAGGCACCACUGAAUGUGCUGUAGCUUAGAAAGAGUUUGCUAGAGAGGCUCAAAUUAAAAAAUGCAUUAACAUACACAGACCUGUUUUAAUUUGCCUAAUGAAUAUUCAAAACAAUGGAUCAAAUCGAUCAAACUGUUACAGCCGUGAGUAAUUUAGAACACAAGUACAUGGAACUGGCAGAACUGGAAGACGUGCUUCCCGCAGAGCAAGCUGUGGUUGUUACCUUCCCAUUCUGGCUGCAGUAGCGCAGAAAGCUGGUCACAGCAGUGCUAGCCUCCAAACCAGUUGUCUGGGUUACUGUGUUACCAGAGUUCUGACAGCUCCCUUCUCACACAACACCUCUCAGACAAGAAUACCACACACAGAUACAACCCACGUUUGGGCUCAGAAGAGGAAAUGUCAAUUUCUAUGAUAGCUGCUCAGAUCCUGCAGAGCUAGCGAGUUGUGAGUCAUGCACACGCACCCUCCUCAAUGUGUUCCAGCAAUACCUACAUCAGACCACGGCAGACAGAAAUGGUCAUCUCAAUCCUGACAGCAGCAAACAGAAGUGGCCAGCUGCACACUAUUUCCCAUGGUGAUAUAAUUGAAGAAAAACGAACAAAGAAAGCCCAAUCAUUUUAAAAAUAUUUUAAUAUAAAUCACGAAAUCUGCAGAAUUCAGCAGCUUACUCAUUGUGUUUAUUGCCUAAACAAUGGCAAUGUCUGUUCCUCUCACUAUUAACAGUACCACAAAAGUACCAUCAGAACGUGGAAACAACUGCUUCUCACUACCGUCCAAGUCUCAGCAGAAAGCUGAAAAUGGGAACUGCAUUUUUCCCUCUGAAGUGAUUUCAAAUCUAAAGAUGUGGAAAAGAAUGCUGAGCCUGGAGUCCACCACGUUCUAAAGGUUCAUGUUCUUCUCUUUUUGGUCACACAGGAAAAUCCAUAACUGUGGUUAUUUACAAAGCAAAAGAUGCUGCAGAUGAACACAGGCUCCCGGGGAAACUAUGGAAUCCAUUUGCUACUUACAGCAUCUCAAAUUAACCGACAGAACUCUCUAAGUCAAUUCUUGCUGUAUUUUCAUUAUGAACAUCACUCUUGUAUAAAGUCUAUGUUAACUCUUUAGGAAUUAAGGACAAUUCAUAUAAAAUAUUCAUAUUCAUAAAACAUUGCUUGUUUUAUAAUAU